UAUUCAUGGUCAUAAAUCACACCAAGCUCCCACUUUUAACGUCUGGUAAUGGACAGUUUAAAAUCUUAGAAACAAUCGAUAACUAAAUCAUCAUUUACUUUCGCUUUUUAUAUAUACUUGGUAUCCGUGAUCACUAUCCGGUAUCUAUUACCAACUCUAUUAAAGAUGACCCAAGGUUGCCAAUCCCCAAAAGAAAAUGCAAAUGCACAUGUAAAAUGUCUCGACCGCGGCCACCAGUUUCGAAAGAACUCCUUGAAACGCAGUGCAAGUGCAGGCGCUUCAAAUGGAGUGCGCGAGUACAAGACCAACCAGCUAUAUACCACCUUGCGAGACAACAGGAUACACACCAACAAUAAUAGCACCUUAUUCAUACCUUUCGACAAGCUUGAACUAGCCAAGAACCGCGGGCUCGUCAAACAAGCGCUCCAGGAAGAUGAUGCUCCACGAGAUGAGAUUUCCAGAUGGGUAGAAUCGAUUUGCACGAUUCAACCUGAUGGAAGUGAAUUCUUUCGGAUAUUUGCUAUUUUGGUACUAUGCGAAAAGGCUAGAUCCAUCGGCAAGUUCAUCAGCCAACACAUCGAUGACUCUUAUCUCCCUCUACCUACGGUGGAGCGACAUGAAAACAACAUAAAGAUUUCGCAAGAUAAUAAGGGCCGUCAAAUCAACAGAGAGAAUUUGCAGUACCUCUUCCAGGACCGAAAAGAAUGGAAACAAGGGAGUCUAGAUAAUUUUGCCAAUUACCAAUGGUGGACUAUCGCGCCUUUCUUCUACCGGCCAGACAAUGUCAUCCCUCACUACGUCCUUGAAGCUUCAGAUGUCUUACCUUUUACGGAAAAGAAGGAUCAUCUCGAGCCUGAGGUGGAGUCGCUAGACCCAGAUGUAAAAGAAGCGGUUUUACAAGGGGGUUUUGGCGAUGUUUUCAUUGUCAAAAUACACCCGUCUCAUUAUCAGUUCCGUAAUCAAUCUUUUAACGACAGUUCACACUUGUUCGCUCUUAAACGGUUGAAGUCUAAGAACUAUACAGACUUCAAAUCGGAGGUUGAUGCCCUCAGAAAACACAACUACAGCAUCGAAGAGCACCUAAUUCCACUGCUUGCUACGAUCGAGAAAGAGAGCGAAGCAGGGAAGUACUACCUACUGUUCCCAAAGGCCAACGGCGAUCUCCGGCACUUCUGGAAAACCCAGUUGGUCAGGAAUCCUGACAGAGUGUCCAUGAUACGUUGGGUAGCGGAGCAAUGUCUUGGCAUUGCGAGGGCUUUGUCCAUGCUACACCAAGACCAAGAUACAAAUAAGGGCGAAGACUAUCCUAUAUAUGGACGCCAUGGUGAUAUAAAGGCCAGCAACAUACUUUGGUUUUCCAAACCGGGCGCGUCAGGUCCUUCUGGAUGGUGUUUAGUUCUAUCAGACUUUGGUUUAAUGAGAUUCCACCGCGCCAUAUCGAUAUCUGCUCAGACGGCUAGCAAACUCAAGAAAACACUGACGUAUCAAGCUCCAGAGUUUGACAUCACAGGGGCAAAAAUAUCUAGAAAAUCUGAUAUUUGGGCCCUCGGAUGUACAUGGAAUUCAUUACUUGCUACAUCUUGGGAUUUGAGGCCGUGGAAGAAGAUUUCCCUAGCUGCCGAGGAGAAGACGACCGAAACCUUCCAGGGGUUAGCGAAGAUAAAUUCUACCGAGCGACUUGCAAUGGAAAGUCGGCUGAGAUCAAACCAGGUGUCCGAGAAUGGAUCUCUGAACUUCGCAGGAACCCGAAGUGCUCCCAGUAUUUUCGAGAAUUCCUCGACUUGAUUGAGAAUCAUAUGCUACUUAUUGAGUGUGGAAAGCGGUGCACAGCGGCCGAGAUUGCGGUGAAGCUGGAUAUCAUCCUUACGAAGUGCCAUGGGGAUGGUUAUAUCAUCGAAAGGCAUGCCCAGCAAUCAAGGAGGAGAUAAUGAGGAAGUCAUGCCAUAUGUUAGGUACCCAUGGAUGGGCCUAAGCAUAUAACAUUCAUUUAAAAACAGUGGAAGGUGGAAGGCUAUUGUAAUGAAUUGGAGUUUGUGGUUAGAAAAAAAAGAGGUUAGAAAGGGAGCUUAUGUUGACUACGUUUAAUUACUGUAUCUUGGCGAUCACGAGUUGGGGUUUUGUACUCAUCAGUUUCUUCUUCAAACUUAUCGAGCACGAAGGAUGAGAAGAUACAAUAGGAGGCACCUAGCCUAGGUACCCUUAGAAUAACGAGUUUCACGACGAUCAUAGAUUUCAUCAAAAGUAUAAUGCCCUAAUAGAUAUAUGGAAUAU